UUCUAUUAACGGCUUAAAUUAUUCUCCAUUCGAACGUCUUUGUUUAUUCCUUUCGUUCCCCUCCGCCCAUCCCAGUUUACGUAAUCACACGAGAAGGAUUUGCGUUGUUGACGUGCAUUCUGGGGGUUGUAGUUUGAUAACGAGGCAGGAACUUGUCUCGCGGUUGUUGUUUUUAACAAAGCGGACCGCUGGUCGCGCCGGAACUCUUUAAUCUCAGUUCAGCGGCUAGGAAGGGGAAGCGAGGCACGGAUGCAACAAGGGUGCGACGGUAUUUACCACCCCCCCAUGCGAAGCACUGCUGUGGGAGGCCUGCUGCAAUGUCAGGGUUUGAGUUAGACCCGGUGGACAGGGGUCGCCCUGUGGCGCUGCCGCCCGGGGAGACAGUGAUAGGAAGAGGUGUCGUUUUGGGAAUUACAGAUAAAAGAGUGUCCAGAAAACAUGCUAUUCUGAAGGUAGUUGGCAACCAACUUAGCAUCAAGCCGGUCCAUGUAAACCCUUGCUUUUAUCAGUCAACUGAAAAUGGCCAACUAUUGCCUAUGGAUACAGAUAAAUGGCACCGACUGAGCCCGGGUGACAAUUUUUCCCUAUUAGUAGACAAAUAUAUCUUCAGGGUUCUCUUCAGUCCUUCAGAGGUGGAAAGGAAAAGUGAUGACGUCUCUGUAGAAGACAUACCAAAUCAAAUUCCCUCAACACUUCAUCAAACGAAGAUGCCUCAGAGACAGCCUUCACUACAGCAAACAACCUCUUCUAGCAAGAGCCAACUUCUGGAAGUAAAUUUACAAAAAGCAGCUGAAAUGCCGAAGAAGUUUUCUGCUACCAUUUCUGAAAAUGAAGAACCGGGGCUUGCUCAAAGGAAAAGAGUGCUUCCAGCAUGGAUGCUGCAAGAAGACAAAAUGGUCCAAAGUCCAUCAGCCUCAGGCUUGGGAAGAGGAAAUAGUGGAGAAAUAAAAAAAUAUCCUGGGAAAAAGCGAAAAAUCACUGAGAGUGAGGAUGUUGCUCUUGCUACACAGGAUGUAACUAGAAUAUCUGCUGAACCUGUUGUGAGAGAAAUGGAAGACAACAAAAGCAAAACAGUACCUCAAAGAGCUGCAAGUCCUGCAGGGCAAUGUAACCGUCAGCUUCAGAAUGAAGAGUUCAAUCCAGAUGGACAAGUUUGCCAGCUCACUGAAACAGAUACAACUAAUAAAAGGGGAGACAAAUUGGAGAAUCUUAACUCAAAAACUAAGCAAUUCCAGCAGGACAAACCAUCACAAUCUCCUGUUCACCAGGCUGAGAUUCAAGAGCUUCCUGUAAGUCAGGCUACUGAAACAGACAUUUCUAACUUAGCUGAAAGUCAAGAUGUACCUCAAAGUUAUAACACAACCGGACGCCAGAGGGCAGCUUGCCUGUAUGGGACAAGCUGCUACAGGAAGAAUCCUAUACAUUUUCAGCAGUUCUCUCACCCUGGUGAUAGUGAUUAUCAUGACACGGAACCUGUAACACAAGCUGACAGUGAUAACAGACCUGAAUGCCCUUAUGGAACUGCUUGCUACAGGAAAAAUCCACAGCACAAGCUGGAAUACAAACACACAGCCCCCCCAGAAUCGGAGAGAAGGCAGACAAGACCGAAGACCAUUAAAAAAGGUAGAAGCAUUUUAGAUGAUGAUAAUGAUAAUGAUGGUGAACCCAAUGAAUACAACUUGAAUGACAGCUUUAUAGAUGAUGAAAAUGAAGGAGAGUGUGACCCUACUGAUGAAGAUUCUGACUGGGAGCCAGAUUCUGAAGAAAAAGAUAAUGAAGAUGUUGACACACUUCUGAAAGAAGCACAGAAUUUUGUUAAAACCAAGAAGUAGUUGUACAUGUUUGCGAAUGUAAAGUAAAAUCAGUAAAAUUGUAUUGAACUACAUGAAACUUUCUAAACUCAACUUGGAAGUAAGUGUUUCACUUAACCCUUAAAUCAAAUUGAUGUAAAAGUUCUCUAGAUUGUGCCCCUUGUGUUUAAGAAGACGAGGGACAAUUUUGAAGGCAGUUGUAAUACUUGUCUGAAACCUGUUUAUAUCUGUAGUUGAAACCAAAUAUGCUUUAUGAAGAAAAAUACAUUGGUCACGAUUCAGCCAGAGUUAAGCAUUUUGACAUGCUAUACAAUUUAACAAGGGAGAGUUACGCAUUUUAACUCUACUGCCACCUUGUGCCCUCCAGAUGUUUGGGGCUACAACUCCUAAUGGCCUGUGGUCAGUGAUGAUGGAAGUUGUGGCUCAAAAUAUGUGGGAGCACCAGGCUGAGAGGCUUGUUCUACUCCAUUGCAGUGAAUGGGAUCAAAGUGCUUAAAUCUGGCUGGAUAAUGCUGUUUGAGUGGUAAUUUCCCUCCAUGAAUAGUGGCUUAGAUGAGCUUUUACCUCAUAAAAUUUGAACUUAUAUACUUAAUGUAUGUAAAUCUUAAAUGCAAUUUCCCCGCAGCUGAUAAUGUUUGAGAAAAAACCUUGUAUAUUGGGGUGUAAUAACUCUGCUGAUACUAAUGUCUGAAGGUAUUGUGCAACAUAUGGCAUUGGGCUUAAACUGGGGAGUUUUUAUUUGCAUUACUAAAGUUUGUAAUACACUUCAUCUUAAAUGAAAGGAACAUUAUAUUGGAUAUAGUGGGACAGAUAAUAAGAAUUCAAGAUUGACAGUUAAUUUGGAAUUUGGUUCAUUAGCUUGUACUGUCAGACUGGUAACCAGGCUGUAAACAAUGACUGUCUUUCAUUACUUGUAAUACACAAGCUAACACUACAAA